AGGACGGCCAUCUUCCCUAAAACACAAACAACAAGAGCGUACUAGACAUCAACACGCAACGACCAUUGGAGAGGGAGAUAGAGCGCUAAAAACAGUCCAAACGGAACACGAUUCUCGAGGAGGAGCACAGAACACCGACAGCUGCACAUGCAUCCAAAGUGAAGAUCGUAGAGUUCGACGGGGCGACUGGACAGUACAACCGCAUCGACAGCUCCAGAAAGACGAUAAAGGAGGGAGAGGGACUGUCGGCGUGAGGAGAGGGUCACCAUCUGGGACCUGGUCCACACAGCAUUGCCAGUAUAACAGAAAGAGUUAGAAAGGCGCACACACAAAUAGAGAAAGAGAAAAGCUUAUCUGGGGUCAUACCUGCUUCUGGCAGCUGUAUAGUCAACAAGUUAGUCUCUUUUUUUGUUUGUCUAUUUUUUGUUCUCUGCAGUCAAUCGACUUUAGACGUCAGUAUCAAAGCUGCAGUUUUGCAGUCCAGCAGGUAUUAUACAUUUUAGAGGGUUUUCAUUUAUUUUUUUGAUUUCCGUUAGUGUUUUAUUUGUUUGUUUGUUUGUUUGUUUUCAUUGGCUGUGAACAAGAGUGCGCUUAACCUGUCAGACCUUUUGUAUUUUUGCUCUCUUGCACAUACACACUAUAUAAGGCAGCUAUAAACCAUCUUCUCUCUUAAGUUGGCUACUCUAAAAUACACAUAUACACACCUUUCAACCCUCUCACUCACACCCAGACCUGGUCCAGCCUAUUCUUGCCUGCGCCACUCCCCUGGACAGGAAUUUCACCUCUGAGAAGGAAGGAAGAAUAUGACUGCUGAAACACUUAACUUUGGCCCAGAAUGGCUUCGUGCACUUUCCAGUGGAAGCAGCUUGUCUUCCCCUCCUGCCUCUCCUGCUAUGCCAAAGUACAAGCUGGCCGAGUAUCGAUACGGCCGAGAGGAGAUGCUAGCACUUUAUGUCAAAGACAACAAGGUCCCAGAAGAAAUGCAGGAUAAGGAGUUUGCUGCUAUUCUGCAGGAUGAGCCUCAGCAGCCUCUGGCACUGUUGCCUCUCACCGAAGAGGAGCAGAGGAACUUCUCCAUGUCUGUCAACAGUGUGGCUGUGCUGAGGCUUAUGGGCAAAGGGGGCGGGGCCGUCCCUGCUGGGGUGAACCGAGGCAGAGGCAGUGUGAGAGGCGGCAGAGGUCGAGGAAGAGGAGAGAGCGGAUUCUACCAAAGAAGCACAGAGGAAGGAGAAGGCGGUUUUGCUCGUAGCGUUCGAGAGAUCCAUCGGAGCCAGAGCUGGGAUGACCGAAGUGAAAGACGUUUUGAGAAGCCCCUGCGGAGGGAUGGAGUGCGUGUUGGUUUUGAGGAAGGGGCUCCGGGUGUCAGAAAGGAGUUCAUGCGCUCUGAUAGUGACAACUGGCGCACACUGAGAGAGGAGCAGGAGGAGGAGGAUGCGGGAGAGACCGCUGGCGUCAGCUGGAGACUCACUGUUGCAAAAAGAGAAGAUGGUGGUCCACGCUCGGCUGGCUGGCGAGAACAUACCGGUCCUGGUGAAGUUCGCCGCAGGAAGUUUGACUUUGAUUUCCGGGAUGGAGGGAACGAGGGAGGCCGAAGAAGAGCAGGCAGUGAAGGAGCAGAGGACGACCGAGACGGUCUGCCUGAGUGGUGCACUGAUGAAGAAGAUGGAGAAAUGGGAACUUUUGAUUCAUCUGGAGCGUUCAUGUCUAUUAAGAAGGGCUCGAAAGAUCCAAUUCUAGAAGAGGAGUUCCAGGGGUUAGAAGAUGAGGAAGAGGAAGAUGCUCAUCAAGAGAUGAAGAAUGGCAUGGGUGCUGAAAAAACUGAGAAAGAUGUCAUCGACUCUGCUGCAGUCUCUGAAACUGAAGUGAAACUGGUUUCUCCUUCAACUUCUCCUCCUCUUCCUCCCUCUCUUCCUGCUCCCGUCUCCGAAGCUCUGCCCUCUGCUGCCCCCUCUGGCCUGGAGGAGUCUCCGCCUGCCCCCUCCAUUCCCCACAAACUACCAAGUGAAGUGUUAUCAGAGGCCAUGUUAGAUUUGAGCCCCAGUGCCUCCUCCAGUCUGCCUUCAUCGCCUCCCUCUUUGUCCUCUGCUGCUACUGACCUCCCGCCACCGGGAGGUGAUAUCGAGGACGACGAGGGCAUGAAGCACCUGCAACAGGAGGCAGAGAAGAUGGUGGCUGCGCUCCAGGACACGUCUCUAGAAGAAGAGUGCUUCACCCAGACUCUUCAGGAGAGCAGAAACACGGCCUCUGCUCUUCCUCUCUCCCACGACUCGGCCAUGAAAUGGUUUUACAAAGACCCGCAAGGAGAGAUUCAGGGUCCGUUCAGUACAGUGGAGAUGUGCGAGUGGUUUCAGGCAGGGUACUUCGCCAUGAACCUGCUGGUGAAGCGCGGUUGUGAUGAGGGAUUUCAGCCGCUGGGGGAAGUCAUUAAGAUGUGGGGGCGUGUGCCUUUUGCCCCUGGACCCUCCCCUCCGCCGCUGCUGGUGAGGAAUCAAGCCCAGCUUCACCCUCAACCACCCCGCGGGGCAACCGGUAAUAUGGAUCAGGAGCGGCUGAAGAAGCAGCAGGAAUUGGCUGCUGCCACGGCUCUUUACCAGCAACUCCAACAACAACAGCAGCAGCAACAGCAGCUGUUCCAGCUCAUCAACAGGUGUGGAGAGCAGGGUAUGAUACCUUCGUUAAACAGGUCGAUGUCAGUGCCAGAUACAGGGUCCAUGUGGGACAUGCAUACCUCAGCCUCACAGCCAGCAGGCGGUGAGGCCAGUAUAUGGGACUUAAUGAAUUCUUCAUCUCAGGGUCCAAUUCUAGAACAGCUUCAGAAGCUACAGGAGAGAAGAGAAGCUGAACUCAGGGCCAAGCGCGAGGAAGAGGAGAGAAAACGGAGGGAUGAAAAAAGGCGAGAGGAGCAGAAAAGGAGAGAAGAAGAGGAGCAUUACAGGCGCAAGCAGCAACAGGAUUUGCUGAUGAAGUUGCUCCAACAGACUCCCCGUCAGGGCUCCUCUAGCUCCGGGUCAAGCUGGAGUGCAGGACCCAUCUCUGGGCUGGGAAAGCAGUCCAAGCCCCUCAACCUCCUGGAUGUCCAGCAGGAGGCUGAAAGAAUGCACAAACAACAGCACAGAGUCCAGCAGCAGAGGUGGAGCGAUGCCUCUUCACUGUGGGGCGCAUCUGGAUCUUUAGAAGGAAAGGUGGGAGGCAGUGGCAGCUCCUCUGGAGGAGGGAUGGGUGUCUGGGACGAGGCCCUGAAGAACCAGAGUGCUCUUCGCAACAACAUGGGCCUGAAGAACAGUCGCAGCAGCCCCUCGCUCAGCGAACAGUACAUGAUGAGGGGCCGUAAACGCACUGAGGAGGAGGAGCGGCUGCUGAAGCUCCUACAGGGGAUGAAGUCUCAGGACGGCUUCACCACCUGGUGUGAACAGAUGCUGCAUGCGCUCAACACCUCCGCCAAUAACUCGUCCUCCUCCCAGGAUGUGCCCAUCAUUGUGGCGUACCUGAAGGAUUUGGAGUCCCCGUAUGAGGUGUUGAACUUUAUCUGCUCCUACCUGGGCGACACUGUCGAAGCCAAUGAAUUCGCCAGACAGUUCUUGGAGCGCCGUGCCAAACAGAAAGCUAACCACCAGAGACAGCAGCAGCAGCUCUCCAAAGAGAUGGCUGGGCUCAGCAUGAACAACUUUCCUCUGCAGGAUUCUGUGCGAGGAAUGAACCCCAGUGCCCUGCAGUCUAUGUUCCAGGCAGUGCAUUCUGGGAAGGGCGGUGGUGUCUAUGAUCAGGCAGCAAAGCUGAAGAAGAAACCGCCCACGAUGCUGCACUCUGACCCAAGCAUCUUAGGGUACUCAUUCCAUGGUGGCCCUGAUCGGUAUGGUCUAAACGAGAUGGAGAUGGUGGAGGAUUACUGAAUCCACAGCAAUAGCUACACGAGGCCUUUAAUCCCGCGGGUCCACCUAAUCAGACUCCGCAAGUCGAAUGUGCACUGCUUAGAGGGGGAGGGACUGGGCAUAAGCCAGGAGUAAGGUAUCAGUUCAGGGGUGGGUGGGUUUUUGCGCUGGGAAUAGAAGAAUGUAAUUCAACAGGGAAGGGAACAGGUGUGAAUUUAUUUUUGUGUGUGUGCGUGUGUUUGGGGGACGGGGGGUGAUAAAGUUCUGGCACUUACAGCAUUAAGCACCUUACACUCAGACUAAUGCACUUUAUUAAGAUGUAAUUUGAAUAGUCUUUUGUUUCCUUUUUUUUUCUUCUCCGAGAAGAUUUAUUGUGUAUAUUUAUGUGGUAUGGCUUCAGAAAUAUUACCACAUGCAUAUACUGUGUGUUGAAUCAGAACUGGAGUUUGUACUGGGAGAAAAACGGUGGCGACUGGGGGACCAUUGCGUGUUUCAGUUCAGACAUUAUCAGAAAAACAAGUCCUCUCUUUAAAGACAAACACUGUUGUUUUUUUUAUAUUCAUAUAUAUAAAGUUUAUAUGAAAAAAACAUAAAGCUAUUAUAAAAAAACAAAACCUUUGAUUAUAAAACUUGAAGAUUUGCACUCACAUAAAAUGCAAGUUAAAAAGAUAAAAAAAAUGUGUUAGAUAUAAUAGAGAUGAAUAUUUUUGUGAUCGUGUGCCUGUGUGUGAGUGAACGCGUCUAUACGCGCAUGUUUGUUCAAGAAAGACGAGUGUGUGCGUUUAAAAACAUACCAGUCUGCACAAUGUAUUUUUUUUUUAAUCGCUUACUUGGACGUAUGAUCAAAAGAGGCCAUUUUUGUCAUUCUGAGUGAAUUGUUUGUUUUCUUUAUGUAUUUUAUAAAGCGAGUGUGUGAAUGCUUGCGUACAGGAGGAACUGUGUGUAUUACUCCUCUUGUAAAUGUGCAGUAUGUGAGGGAAUGAAUGAAUGAAUGAAAGAAAGGAAGGCAGAGAGAGAGGGGGGCAACGGCACAACACAUCCUCUUUCACCAGCCCUUCAUUCCCCAACAAAGAAAGACCUCUAGAUUCAAACACAAAAGCUUUAGCCCAUUUUACGCCAACCAGCACUCUUAGUUUUUGUGGCGGGAGGGAUCGCGAGAGAUGUCUUUCCCUGCCCUCCGCUGCCUCAUCUUUGCCUCUGUGAGGUUUAAGAACAUUAGCAUCAUCAUUUUUGUUUGUGUGAUGUUGAAGAGAAUUUAAUCUUCUAUACUUUUAGGAAAUGGUUACUUGUGGUACGUGUGUGUGUGUGUGUGUGUGUGUGUUUGUGUGUGUGUGUAUGUUUUUUUUUCUGUCCCCACAUGUGUGCCUAAGAACUAAAGGGCGAAUGAUUUGACUUCAUUGCUGCCAUUGAGACAUUAUUUUUUAGAAAAGGGGUGUGGUUUUUGCAAGACUCCGCCCCUACAUGCCUCCCAUGCUUAUGAACCAAGAGCCUAUUUCUGUACAGUUCUAUUGUAGCCUGGGGAUGCUUGGAUGAAAGAAAUGUUUGAUAUUUGGAGGAUGUGACCUAACAUUGCCUUUCUGUCCACUCUCUUGCUCGAGUGACUGAGGUUCUAUUUCUGGCUGAAAAAAACAAACGAAAAAAAAAAAUGAUCGCAACAAACUGUGCAAGUGCACUCAGUGGUGCACACAAAAUGUUUGUAUGUUUUGUUACUCGUUCAUUAUUGUUGUUGUCAAUGACAAUGAUGGUGAUUUAUUUUUUUUCUCUUUCUUUUAAUGUUAUAUAUGAUUCUAUAUGAACAUAAACAAAGUAUUGGACUACAAGGAAGAGCACUUGGGGCUGCUACUUUUUUGUUUGUUUUGAAAAACUUUCCCUGGAAUUAUUAAUAUUAUUUUUUUUUUAUGUUGCCACCAUGUGAAGUGCAUUUGUGUACUUAUUUUUUUUCCUUCUUAAAGCGUUGAAUGUAUUCCAAAUAUGUAAUGGUAUAAAUGGAGUUGCUCAACACAGGAUAUGAAUGCGUAAUCAGCAGGAGGACAUCAACGUAAAGUCGUUCUUGAUGGAAAUAUGUUCGCAAAAACACACUGCCUCUACAAUCCUGUUCAUACAGACUUUGACUAUGAAAACAAGAACUUAAAAGAGAUAUUCUAUUCCAUACUGGAGUUUUGGUUGUUUACAGACUGCACAGACAUUUGUGGGUGCUUUAUUUUUUUUCUCCCCCUUUCCUUUUUGUGGUGAUUGAAUAUUUUGUAGGGGACUUUAAUGGCAUGACGUCAAACCCUUCCUUUGCAUGUGGAUAUGAGCGCAGCCUAUGUAUCUUGCUGACUGAAACAAACUUGGAUCGCUGGAACACAAGUAACGGAAUUACAUCAAAGAUUUUUUCAUGUACCUUUAUCUUACAAACAGGGUGUGUGUUUUUUGUUUUUUUUAAAGAAUCAUUAAGGCGACCAUAUUUUGUUUACUCUUGUUUACUCUUCUUUGCAAUGGAAUCAAAAUGAUCAUCACGACAGAAGAAAUCAGCAUAAAUCAGAUAGCACCUGAUGGUGUACCACUUGGUACACUAAAGUGCAUGUAUUGAAUGCUUUAACAUUUAUUCCCUUUACCCAAUCGUUUUUUUGGCUUGUGGAUUUUUUUGGAUGGACGUAUUGGAUGUUGAUCAGAAGAACAUAUGUAUGACCUCAGAUCUGCCAGAUAAUUCCUUGGACUGUGUGAACGUGUUUUUAUUUUUUUGGUAAUUUUCUUUCUUCCUCCGCCUCCUCUCUGAGGCUGGUUGGGGUGUCAUGGCCAUCAUCUUCUAAGAGAUAAUAAAGGGGCUAGCACUGCCCUCAUGCCCUCACUAUGCACUUUUCAUUUGCUCGAAACUGUGAGGAAUUUUCUUGGGCAUGGAUCGCAUUGACGCAAUGCUAGAUGUCUGCUUUCUGGAUGCCUCUUUGAGUUUUUGGCACCCUAGCAUGAGACUCGCUCUCCUCAAGGUGGCCGUUUUUCAGGCGUUUUUGAAAACGUCACAACAACAAGCUUUACCAGAGACGGAUAAGGGAAAGUUUCAGACUCUUUUGGAGAAAUCCUUGGAAAUUUCCCAUGGAGGAUUUUCACUGAACAAUGUUGAUAUUUAAGACUACACAAACGGCCUCCAAGCUUGGUUACAAUGUGGAGGUUCAGAACAGAUUCACUCAACAGUGUUGUCCGUUAUGUAAAAAGGACUAAAAUGGUCGGUUCAGGGUGCUAGCCUACAUUUGUUUUUUUUUUUUUUUUUUUGUGGACUGGAAUUUCAUUGAUGACUGAAAAAGAGACUUCUUAUUUAAAAAAAGAAAAAGUCUGGAGGGCAGUUUUUUUUUUUCAAUCUCUCGCAUUGGAGAUACAGCUCUACCACCACCUGCUGACUACAUGGCUGAAGUUCACCUUUAGCUUGAAGUGGUUGAGGAGCUACAAGACCGUCUGUUUGAUCUUUGCUGUUCCAGAUGAAGAUGCAUUUCCAUUUCCUCUUCAUUUCCUGUCCUCCACCUUCAAAAGAAAAUCCCAGCGUGUGGAAUCCAGACAGCACACGUAAUGAAGACCGCACGAUGAGGAGGACGUGGAGAGCUGCAGUUUCAAUAUUCAGACUACUAAGAGGAAAAGGAGAGGACUGUGUAUGCUGGAAACGCUGAACUAUGAGAUCUCCAACCUGCACAGCAUAGUUCUGCUGGAGCGCAGCCAGGGUUCACUUUCCAAACACACCAUCACUCAAAUACACCUGCAUACACACAUUCGAGAAUGAAAUGAUAACUUAUACACCUACUGACAUGGCAAACACAAUCCCACUACACUUCAUUCUGGCUGCCUUGUAAAUAAUGUAUAUAAUCCAAUCCCUUCUCCUUUUCUCUGUUGGGUUUUGAGGAUUGUUUCUUUCUUUUAAGUUUAGUUGUCCCUCCCCCCUUCCUCUCUUUUAUGACAUGCCUUAACAGUUGAGUUCUGCCUAUGAAGGCACACUUAAAGACGUGUAAACAAAAGAAGUGUUAACAGUCAGCGAGAGUAGCUCUGUGACAUAAUAGUGUGUGAUUUUAUUUAAGAAACCCUGGAAACAUUAAUAACCUGCAAAAUGAUUAUUAUAACAUUACAAAUGACCUUAGGUGUGACUGGAUGAGUAUUCACAAUGAUGGAGCCUGUCAAAACGACAAGUUUUUGGCUUUGUAUUGUCAAUAUGAGAAGCAAAAGUGGUAAAAGAAAUAGUUUUGCUCAUCUCUUUCAGCCUUUACUGAGCUAAAGAUCAGAAUGGAUUUGAUUUGAUCAUUAUCUGUAUAAGGUAGUGCUCUCUUAAAGGGACAGUUUACCCAAAAAUGAAAAUUCUGUCAUCAUUUACACAUUGUACAUCACUUGCUCCAUACUGUUAAACACAAAGGAUGAUAUAUACUGAAUUAAAACAGCCAUUUACUUCCAUUGUAUUUUUAAAAUUCCUACUAGUGAUGUUAAUGGCUGUUUUUUGCGACAUACUUUAGAAUAUCUUGUUUUGUGUUGAACAGAGGAAAGCAAUUCUUAAAAGUUUAGAACCACUUGAGUCUGAGUAAAUGAUGUAGACGUUUUUAUUUUUGGGUGUACUAGGCCUUUAAGAUGAAUAAAGUAGUGUAAUGUUGCAGGUCAGAUUAAACUAGGUGCCGAAUGUCUUUGCUGGUAUGCAAAAAUCCAUGUUUUAAAAUGUUAACGAUGAUCAAAGUAUGUGUUUCUUAUAUUUAUUGAUUCAGUCAGUGUGAAUGGCAACAGUACUGCACUGAGGCCGUUUGCUUGUGUUAAAAUCAUCCGCUGAAUUACAUUGGGAAUGGCUCGCUGUAAAUCAGCACUGCAUAAUGAGAACUUGUUCAUCGCCAGUCAUCCUUGCGGUCACGCAUAUAAGGUGGAUGUCUUCUGAAAUUUGCAGUAAAAAAAAUAGGUCAUAAACCAUUUGACAAUAAUGUUUGAAAAUUCCUGGUGUAAAUAGUUUUUGGGGUUUCUGGUUUGUUUGAAGAAAAGUAAUAAAUACUUUAAGAAUAAA